GCGCGGCGCAUGCGCGCUGCAUUGUUUUGACUGAAAAUGCCGUCGGUUUCGAAAGCGGCGGCGGCGGCGCUGAGCGGGUCCCCCCCGCAGACCGAGAAGCCGACCCACUACAGGUAUCUAAAGGAGUUUAGGACAGAGCAGUGCUCCCUGUUUGUGCAGCACAAGUGCACCCAGCACAGGCCAUUUACCUGUUUCCAUUGGCAUUUCCUAAAUCAGCGUCGGCGUAGACCGCUUCGCAGGCGCGACGGCACAUUUAACUACAGCCCGGACGUGUACUGCUCCAAGUACGACGAGGCCAGCGGCGUGUGCCCUGACGGCGACGAGUGUCCAUAUCUGCACCGGACAACCGGGGACACAGAGCGCAAGUACCACCUGCGUUACUACAAGACGGGCACGUGCAUCCACGAGACAGACGCCCGGGGCCACUGUGUAAAGAACGGGCUGCACUGUGCCUUCGCUCACGGCCCCCUGGACCUGCGGCCGCCGGUGUGUGACAUCAGGGAGCUGCAGGCCCAGGAAGCCCUGCAGAAUGGCCAGCUCGGUGGCGGGGAUGGCGUCCCUGAUCUGCAGCCCGGGGUCUUGGCCAGCCAGGCCAUGAUGGAGAAGAUCCUGGGUGAGGACCCCCGGUGGCAAGACACCAACUUCGUGCUAGGCAGCUACAAGACUGAGCAGUGCCCCAAGCCCCCACGCCUCUGCCGCCAGGGCUACGCGUGCCCGCACUUCCACAACAGCCGGGACCGACGGCGGAAUCCCCGGAGGUUCCAGUACAGGUCCACCCCCUGCCCCAGCGUGAAGCACGGCGACGAGUGGGGCGAGCCCUCCAGGUGCGAGAGCGGGGACAGCUGUCAGUACUGCCACUCGCGCACAGAACAGCAGUUCCACCCUGAGAUCUACAAAUCAACCAAGUGCAACGACAUGCGUCAGACCGGGUACUGCCCUCGGGGCCCUUUCUGUGCCUUUGCACAUGUGGAAAAGAGCCUUGGAACCGCAAGUGACUGGGGCUGCCGAGACCUCACCUCCGCCAGCAGCUCCGCGGCCCCCAGCGGGCAGCUCGGACACGCAAAGCGGAGGGAUUCACCGGCUGAAGGCAGCCAGAAAGCCAGUGAGCAGGACAGUAAGCAGAGCCACCUGGCGGUGUUGGCCGUGGUUCACCCGCUCGCCCCCAGCGUGAGUUCCAGUGUGGCGUCCAGCCUGGCAUCCAGCACUGGCUCAGGCGGCUCCUCGCCCACCACUCUGCCCGCCCUCUCGGCCCGUUCCCACCUGCUCGACCCCACUGGCAGUGCUGUUGAGGCAGUCCCAGAUUUGAAUGCAGCCAUUCAGAGCCACUCAGCUUCCCUGCUGCUCCGGCCUCUGCUCCUGGGGUCUGGCCGAGCCCGGUGGCAGAUGUGGUCAGAACUGAGCAGUCCUCUCCCGAGCGGGUCUGAUUUGAUGCCACUCGUCGGAUGCUAUCCAGGGAUUCUGACACUUGGCACCAGGCGGCCGGGGGUGGGGCAGAGGCCAAAGGCUCCAGAAGCCAGGCUGGCUGACUCGGAGCUGGAGGUUCUGAUGAGGGUCCCUGUCAUGCACCCCUGGGCUGGGGGCAGAGGAUCUGCUCUAGACCUUCACCUUGGUGACAUAAACCUUGCACCCCUUGAUAAGGAGCUGGAAGAGCAUGACGGCGGUGACCUUGGACCAACAGGUCAGAGGUCACUAGGGGGCUCGGCGCCUGUGGCCAUCCCGGGCUGUCUGCCCCGCUCCCCGUCCCUGCAUUCCUCGUCAUCCUUGUCUGCCUCCCCACUUGGCUCCUUCUCCCAGUCUCUGUCGGGGCCGCUCGUCUCCUCAGCCAUGACGCCCCCCCAGCAGCCACCACCCCUCAAGUCGGAGCCCAGAGUGCUGGGGCCCUCAGGCGGCUCCUACAACUCCUUUGGCUUGAAUGGCGUCCCCGGCAGCAUCUGGGACUUUGUUUCUGGAAGCUUCUCUCCCAGCCCAUCCCCCAUCCUGAACACUGGCCCUGCAUCCUCUUCAGGCGCCAGUCCAAACAGUGCCGAGCUGGCCCGGGUCCGGCGGCAGCUGGACGAGGCCAAGAGGAAGAUCAGGCAGUGGGAGGAGUCCUGGCAGCAGGUGAAGCAGGCCUGUGACGCGUGGCAGCGGGAGGCCAAGGAGGCCAAGGAGCGGGCGCUCGCGGCUGACAGCGCCCGGCAGUUGGCACUACAGAAGAAGGAGGAGGUGGAAGCCCAGUUCCAGCGGUUGCAGGAGGAGCUGGAGGGCCGGGGCUUGUCCUCCGUGCUUCCCGGCCUAUGUGGCUGCACUGACAUUGGCACCAUCCCCCUGCCAAAGCUGCAUUCGCUGCAGAGUCAGCUGCGCCUGGAUUUGGAAGCGGUUGACGGAGUGAUCUUCCAGCUCCGAGCGAAGCAGUGCGUGGUGUGCGGGGAGCGGGCCCGCGGCACUGUCCUGAGGCCCUGCCAGCACCGUGUGCUCUGUGAGCCGUGCGCAGCCGGCGCACCCGAGUGCCCCUGCUGCACGGGGCAGCCCCUGCCAUGGUGACAGCCGCCUCGCCGCCCACAUCCUAGUGCCACCGAUGUCGGGACCCUGGCCCUGGGCAGCCCCUCCACGGUCUUGCACUGUCCUCGCAAACCCUGACGGCCCCUUGGGGCUUGGCGGGCCUGACACUACUGUGACCGGAUCCUGGGAAUUCAGUCCUGUGAAGCACUUUGUAGAUCAAGGAGUUGAGAGGCAGAUGUUCUGAGUUGCUAUAAGCUGCUUUUAGGUUCAUGUUUUUAAUAUGCGAUAAUAUGAAGCUUUAUAUGUGUACUGUGAACAGAGUAUUUCAUAUCAGUCUAUUGUUAAUCCAUAGUACGUAAAUAUAUUAGGUUUCAUAUUCUGAAAUUAGUACUUAUGAAGUGAGCAUUUAUCUAGUAGUGAGAAAUUCCUAGGAUUUUUACAGUUUUAAAAUUAAGUGCAAACCAAUAGUAUUUAUAGCAGAGUGAUUAUUGAAAGGCACGUAUACAUUUAGAUGUUUCUAAUUUUAUGGAAGGAACUCACUUCCGGAACACGUGCACGUUAACGUAAACUGGAGCGUCAUGGUGACAGCGCCACGCCCCUCAGUCCUCGCUCAAGUGCCUGUGCCCCGGACCACAGAGAAGCCGCUGGACUGUUGGCAGUGACAGUGAGAAUGGCAGCGGGGGUCCAUUGGGGAGGGCUUUAUGCUAAUGUCACACAGCCGUGUUCUGAGCACUGUGACGGGCAGCGCUGCUCCCCACUUCCCAGAACCUCGCCCACGGUCACCCCACCCGCGUGGGAGACACCCACCAGCCUCCAGGGCGACCCUGUCACCGGACCUCCUCAUCCAGGUGUCAUCACUCGUGUGAUCACAGGUUGGGGAGGACCUGGCUGCUGAGAAGGGGUGGAAAGGCUGCUGGGUAUGGGUUGGAGUUCAGUGACGACUUCAAGCUUUUCUGUCUGCAUUGGGUCACUUUUCCUGGGAAUCUGGGAGGAAGUAAAAGAUGUCUAUAGUUGACCCGGACUCUGCUCUCGGCGAGGCAGAUCUGUAUUGGCACGAGAAUCUUCCCAGAGCCUACGGCUGGGCCGGAGCAGGGACGGGAUGCACCCUCCUCCCGUACGCCCGGGGCUGUGCCAAAGACUUUCUAUAGCAUUUUUUAGAAGUGCAAAGUGACUAGGUAAAAAUUUUUAUCAGUGACCAAAUUAGAAUGUAUUUACUAUAGUGAGAGGUUUAAAACCUUUUUUAAUGUAAGACAAACUGAUAGGAAAGUUACGUCAUUUAAAGGUGGAUCCACAGCCCUGCGCAGCCCACCCGCUGCUAACGGUAACUAUGACUCAGUUGUAGUGAAUCUACUUUGUUUUUAAUUAUAGUGAUGAUUUAUUAGCUCUUAGAAAUUAAGUAUAUUUUGUGCUACUGUUAUCACUGUUUAAAAUUCUUUAUUUUUAUUAAUAUUUAUGCACUUGUUUCCCAUCUCAGGCCUUCGGUCUCUUUUGGGCUAACAGGACAAUGUUUAUCAUUGACAUCUAGGCUAGGCUAGACAUUUUCAAAUUAUAAACAAGAACAAUUAAGCUUUAGGUGUAUUUAUAAGCUACUCUGGGCAGUUCUUUCUGUGGAGUUUGGGGGAUGGGAGGUGCAGGGCUCACAGGGGUUCUCUGGCUAGGGCUGGAGGCACAUCCCCGGGCACUCGCUCCUCCCAGAUUGGGGCUGGCUGUGAGGACCGGUGUGCAGCCGGAAGACCAAAGAACCACCCGGGGGGCGCCUGGGCCAUACCUGCAGCAAGCUCCCACGGUCCUUCCCACCCCUGCCGCCUGGCUGCAGUGGGCCUGGUCGUCUGAGGUAUCCACCCUGCGCAGGCGGUGUCUCAGGGUGUCACCGUCCUGCACGCGGGGAGGGCCGGGUGUAGCGGACGCAGCCGCGUGGUGCUCGGUGAGGCCAUUGUUCUUGCUGCCCUGAUCUGUCAGCCCCUGGGUGUUCAGUAUUAGUAGUGAUGUUACAAUCUCACACCAUUUGUGUAACUGGACAGCAGACCUCGACUCAGUGUAGAAGCCUCAUGAGGGUUAAUAUUUAUGGAAGCCCCCAGCUGUUGUAUGUUUUGAGUAUUUAGAUGAGAAUGUUAUUGGAAUGGAAUUUUCUUAAUCCAGAAGGUAGUAUUUAUAAUGCAUAAUCAUUGUAGUGAAUUGUUUAAAGUUGUUAACACUUAUUUCAAUUUUUUUACACUAUAGCAUUUAUGCAAUGGUUUACAGAAUUCAUGGAAUUAUUUUUAUCAGUAUGAAAAUUAAUUAAAACUUGGAAUCUUU